AUGGCCUACAUUCUGCUGUAUGUAGAUGAUAUCAUCCCCAUCACCUCCACUCAGGUCCUUCGCCAAUCAAUUAUGUCACUCUUAGCAUCUGAGUUUGCAAUGAAGGAUUUGGGCCCUCUUAGUUACUUUCUGGGUAUUGCAGUAUCUCGUCAUACUGAUGACAUAUUUAUCAGUCAAAGAACUUAUGCAUCAGAGAUCAUUGAAUGUGUUGGCAAGGAGUCCUGUAAACCAUCAGCCACUCCUGUUGACACCAAGCAGAAACUCAGCACCUCCUCCGACACUUCUUAUGAGGAUCCCUCCUUGUUAUGGAGUCUUGCAGGGGCCCUACAGUAUCUCACAUUCACUCGACCUGAUAUAUCAUAUGUUAUUCAACAAGUUUGUCUUCACAUGCAUGCCCCUCGCACGGAACACAUGUUUGCUCUUAAGCGCAUUUUGCGCUAUGUUCAGGACAUCUUACAUUUUGGACUACACUUAUCCUCAUCUCCCAUUACAAAGCUUAUCUCCUACACUGACGCUGAUUGGGGUGGAUGUUCUGACACCAGGCGUUCUACAUCUGGGUACUGUGUGUUUAUAGGUGACAACCUUAUUUCUUGGUCUUCCAAAAGGCAAUCAACUCUCUCCCGUUCCAGUGCUGAAGCCGAAUAUAGGGGGAUUGCUAAUAUUGUCUCUGAAUCGUGUUGGAUUAAAGAAAAUAAAAAAACAUGGAAGGAAGCAUGUAACAUGAUUCAAGUUGCAGUGUGA